GGUGUUCGAAGCUGGCUGGAAUGGCCAUGCUGGUGAUCUCGCUGUCGCUGUUGGCGACCACUCCCUCCGUCGACUGCGGCAGCGGUAUGACCGUAGAGGCGGCCGGCUGCGGGAUGGACGCGCAGGUGAUGGGUGUUCCCGAUGGCACGUCCUGGGAGGACGGGUGCAGACGCUGCAAUGAGGCCCUCGCCUUGAAAGGAGUAUUCGAUCCGUGCGGUGGCUCUGGCUGGUGCGCCCUGCCGACUGAUCGGUUCGGCCGCACCACGUAUGGCGUCUGGCUUAAGGCGCACUCCGCUCCCUCGCCGCCGCCAUCGCCGCCGCCUCUGGCGCCAGAAGAGCCGCUCUCGCGCGACGCUCUCUACCUCGCCGCCGCCGCACUCGCCGCCACCGCCGCCACCGCCGCUGCCCUCACCGCCUCAAGCGCACGCAAGAGCGCGGUGGGCUCCACAGCCAGCGCUCGCGACUUCUCAGACAGCACUCAGCUCAGCAAGGAACGUCUGGAAUCGGUCCGCUACGCGCAGGCGAGUGUGGACUAUGAAAAGCGCAAAGCCUAUACGAAACUUCCCAAGUGCAAGGUGACGCCACCACCACAGUCCGAUCUUGCUGUGGCCAAGGCUUGCGCGGCGAGGAAGCAGCAGAAGCGGGAUUGCGAGAAGGUGGAAAAUAUGAGCAACACGGACACCAACGCCUCUUCCGAUGCCGCGAGCGAGAUGCCCGGACCCUCGUCCGCGUGACGGGAAUGGAGGGAAAGAAGGUGCAUGCCAUGUCCAUGAGAGUGCCGACUCUACAUACUGUCGCAUGCCAUGCUAACGUUCGGGCGUCGCAGAGCGGUCCGGCGCCACACGCGUGCUGCAACAACAUGCACAUACAUGCACAUGCACAUGCACAUGCACAACAUGUCACAUGCACAUGUCCAUGUGCAUGCAGAGCGUCGAGACGAGAGAGAGAGAGCCGUGUUGCGGUUGUGCUCACCAUGUGUUCGUGUGCAGGUGUUGUGCUCACACAUAGCCCAGUCUAGGCUCAAAUAGAGAUACACGUAAUCGCGGUGGAGUCAAUGACUGUCAGUCUCCGAUAUGUCCGUUACAUAUGUUUUUUAUAAGGCGGUUC